GGCCGCGACACGAAACCUCUGGAAACUGGAAACGCACGCACGGUGGGGACCAGUACCACCAAGAUAAGCUUCUCAGCUCCGUCUCCGCUCAAGGGCCACAGCCCACAACCAACCGCUCGCCGCGCGCUCCCCCUUCGAGACGAGCCGCAUCUUCUCCCCCCGCGCGCCGACCCGCUCCGGAGAGCUAGGCAUGGCCGUCCUCCUCCGCGGCACGUCCGCCGCUGCCGCCGCGACCGCGGACCCCUCCUCGGCGCUCCUCGCCACCACCUUCCGCCGCGCCCGCGGCUGCGGGCUGCUCCUGCCUGCCGCGCCGCGGCUCCGCCGCGCGUUCGCGGCCCGCGCCUCGGCGCAGCCGCUCGAGGUCUGCGCGAAGGAGUCCAUCACCGUCCCGGGCCGCCUAGGCGACUGUCCGUUCACACAAAGGGUUUUGUUGACAAUAGAGCAGAAGCAUCUUCCAUAUGAUCUAAAGCUAGUUGAUCUAGCUAAUAAACCAGAUUGGUUAUUUGAAAUUAAUCCAGAAGGUAAGGUGCCUAUUGUGAAGGUUGAGGACAAAUGGAUAGCUGAUUCUGAUGUUAUAACACAAGCAUUAGAGGAGAAGUACCCUGAACCAUCCUUGGCAACUCCAGCAGACAAAGCUUCAAUAGGGUCAAAAAUAUUUUCCACCUUCAUCGGUUUCCUCAAAAGCAAAGAUCCUAGUGAUGGAACAGAACGGGCACUACUUGAUGAGCUGACUUCGUUUGAUACUUAUCUGAAGGAUAAUGGUCCAUUUAUUAAUGGCGGAGCAGUUUCUGCUGCUGAUCUCUCUCUGGGUCCUAAACUAUAUCACAUGGAGAUAGCUCUGGGUCACUACAAGAGUUGGUCUGUUCCAGAUUCACUUUCACAUGUAAAACAAUACAUGAAGUCAAUUUUCUCAAUGGAUUCUUUUGUCAAAACUCAAGCUCUGCAGGAGGAUGUAAUUGCUGGAUGGCGCCCAAAAGUCAUGGGUUAAAUCACAUUUGUAAAGUAACAAGUUCAGGAGAGACAUGGCUAUCAGAGGAUCAAGAUGCACAUGUUCGUCGCAUGUGUUAAGUCUGUACAUGAAAGGUGUUGGGUUUUUGUUGGAGUUUUCCAGAGCAUAGCAUGUAAGGUAUUCAUAUCUGAUCUCCUUUGCUUUCUCUGUCAGAUAGAAAAUAUCAAUAAAAAUCAGAAACCUCUCAUGGAAUUGAGCAUUAUUGUCCAACACCGUUCUGUUGAACAAAGGGGAGCUGUUGUAUAGCUGUUUAACGCACAAUACCAACUUUAUUUAACAAACGAACAUUCCAAACCAA